UUCUUUCUUUGCCAUUUGAGCGAAAAUUACAACAUCUCAAUUUCCAAAAAUGACAUUGUACGUAGUCCCGAUCCCGCUGUUGAACAAAGGCCAGGCUUAGCCCCCUCCCCGCCAGUUCCUGACAGACACCAGGCUGCCUCAGUCUCUGGACUGCUUCAAGUUGUCUCAGUUUCCUGUUUCCGGUUAUUCCUCUAAGACGCUGCAGCUGCUCAGGCUAUUUUAAGUUGCAGAAACCAGUGUCUUCUGUAGAAGGGAUCUUUUGAGUGAGCCUCGUUACAGGAUGCCAGCAGGUCUUUGUCCAGAGAAGUUGGCGGCUUUCACCAGAAACUUCUCAGAAGUGCCACAAUAUAGCCUUGCUCAGAAUAUAGCAACCAGUGGUGACCUUUUACAAGCUUACCUACAAAGAAAAGUUGUUCAGGAAACAUCACAAGUGUUCAAACAUGUCAUUCCUGCUGAAGGGAAGCCAGUUACAAACCAGAAAAAUUCAGGGCGGUGUUGGAUUUUCUCUUGCCUCAAUGUGAUGCGGCUUCCAUUGAUGAAGAAAUUUAAUGUUGAAGAGUUUGAGUUCAGUCAAUCCUACUUGUUCUUCUGGGAUAAGAUUGAGCGUUGCUUUUACUUCUUGAAUGCAUUCAUUGAGAUUGCUCAGAGGACUGGUGAGAAGGAAGAACCUUUCGAUGGUAGACUUUUGCAAUUUUUGCUUACAAAUCCUGCAAAUGAUGGAGGCCAGUGGGAUAUGCUUGUUAACCUCGUCGAAAAACAUGGAGUUAUGCCUAAGAAGUGUUUUCCUGAAUCCUAUAGUUCAGAAGCCAGCAAGGCCAUGAAUGAUGUUCUGAAUCACAAGCUACGGGAGUACUGUUACCAUCUACGAAAAAUGGUGAAAAAUGGAUCAUCUAAUGAGGAGCUCUCGGUUGAAAAGGACAAUAUGAUUGAAGAGGUCUUCAGAAUAGUUAAUAUUUGCCUGGGCACACCUCCUGAAACUUUUACCUGGGAAUUCCGAGACAAAGUCAAGAACUACCAGAAGAUUGGACCACUAACACCUCUUCAGUUUUAUACCGAACACGUGAAGCCAUUUUUCAACAUGGAAGACAAGGUGUGCUUGGUUAAUGACCCCAGAUCCUUCAAUCCCUAUGGAAAGCUGUACACAGUUGAAUUUCUGAGCAACAUGGUUAAUGCAAGGAAAACUUUAUACAUCAAUCAGCCGAUUGAGGUGUUAAAGCAGUCGGCUGCAGCUUCAAUCAAAGAUGGCGAGGCAGUCUGGUUUGGAUGUGAUGUGGGGAAGGCCUUUUGCAGCAAGCUAGGGAUCAAUGACCCUAAAAUAUUUAACCGAGAGCUGCUGUUUGGAGUCUCUCUGGGUAACUUGGGCAAAGCAGAACGACUGCUGCUUGGUGAAUCACAGAUGACUCAUGCUAUGGUUUUAACCGGCUUCUCUGAAAAGGUUGGAAACGAAGCUGGAUUUGAAAAGUGGAGAGUGGAAAAUUCAUGGGGAGAGGACAGUGGGAACAAAGGUUACCUGGUUUUAUUGGAUGAUUGGUUCACUGAAUAUACCUUCGAAGUGGUUGUGGACAAAAAGUACAUAUCAGCAGAGACUUUGAAAAUAAUGGAGGAGGAACCCAAAGUUCUACCAGCUUGGGAUCCAAUGGGCUCUCUUGCAUGAACAACAAAGGUUUUAUGUUCUUCAAGCAAAGUUAAAGUUGUUUACAAAAAUAUAUUUGUUCCUACACUUAGCUGGAUAUUUCUUCUGACUAUUGUGAACUAAGCAUAAGAUACGAAAUUGUUGAUUUUUGAAAGAAAUAUUCCUCAGAAGAAAAGACAUUUUUGCCUAAGCUUCUUAAACUUGCAAUUAUAGGAACCAUUAACAAGAAGUACCAAUGUAACGGGAAAAUGAUAUCUGUUUGAGAGGAGAAUGCUGGUCAACGUUGCUGUGGGGAUUGCACUGUUUUAAUGAUGACUGAUAGUUAACUGCCAAGUGUAAUUUACAUUUGACUCAACAAGAGAAAUAAACCGUAGAAUGGCUGUCACCUGUUUCUGUUGAGUUGAAACACAGUGUGUAUACACAUUUAAACUGCAAGACCCUGUGUAUUAGCAUACUUACCUUUCAGUCUUCACAAGUGCACCACAGUGUGCGAUUAAUUGACAAUCCUAGAUUGUAUCUUGCCUGUUGUAACACAGAGCAUAUCCCUUCAGCUAUUCACUGUAAGCAAGCUACUGACCACAUUGACCAGCAGAUAAAACCCUAAAACAGUUUUCAACUUUGGAUAUGAUUCUGCACUGGAUAACAUUUACUAAAUCAUCCUGAGUGUGCAAGAGUUAAACUGACAACCAAUUUAGGAUCGUCAGUCAGAUCCGCAUGUUGGAAACUACAUAUGUUAAUGUAUCUGCUCUUCACAGACAGCAAUAACAUGUACAUAUGUUGCACCUGUUUCAACUUAACAGAAUAACAGCCACUGUCUGGUACAAUUCUCAUAUGUUUAAGAAAGAGAUCAAUGAUGUAUGGAUUUUAAAGGCAUUAAGUGAUAUGAGGAGAAAAUGAGAAUAUGGCAUUGAGAUAGAGGAUUAGCUACUAUCGUAUUGAAUGGUACAGCAGGCUUGAAGGGCCAAGUAGUCUACUCCUGCUCCCCGUUUCCAUGUUUCUUUGUCAGUAUCUUGACCAUUGAGAUGCAACCUGCUUGGUGUAAAAUAUAAAUUAUGAAUAAAGUUUGGCAGUUAGCUAUCAGUUACCAUUAACUGGUGCAUUCCCUGUGGCAGUAUUAAUCUCCUUGCCAACGAAUCAAUACACUCCUACAGUAGAAACCUUGUUUUCCCUUGUAUUUCUUGCAAAUUGUCCUAAUGAGUGAAAUUUGAAAGAUUUGUGUCUUAGGGAAAUGUAUGUUGUUUUUCUGCAAUAUUCAAAUUCCAUACCAGCAAAUGACUACUUGUAUUCCUGUUUUGUUGUCCUAAUGUUUAAUGUCAUUUAACUGAUAGUGUCCUUUUCCAACCUUGACAAAAACUGGUCAAUAUUUUCAUUAAGUAUGCCUCACAUGAAUUCUUUGUUUGCAAAUGAGAUUUAUUAUGUUUCUCAAGACAAAGAACAAAGAUGUCUCAGAACAAACACCCAGUGACUGCAUCGAGUCACCUCUGUCCAAGUAUAAUGUGAGGCACAGCAGUGUACAGCUGCCACUUUAUAUGUCUAAGUUGUCAACCGUCCAUUCUAAACCUUGAGAGAAGUCUACUGUAUGUCAGGUGAUGACAAUUUGAAGUACCAUCUAUUAGGCAAGAGACAUUUUAAAGUCCUUGUUUUAGGAACUUCAUUCUGGCACAUAUUUCCUAGAAGAGAGUGUAUGGUGAAGAAUAUUAUCCCUUCUUUCGUGAGUUGUCUGGAGUUGGCAGAGCACGUAGUGAGGUGGGAGGGUAGCAGAGCAGCAUUCUGUUGCUUUCUCACCUCUGCCAAACUUAAGUCAAGGAUGGGAAGACCCAUGGAAAAUUUUCCAUCUCACACCCAAAGUGAGGCCCAUCUCACUAAGCAUUUAAUGACCACUUAAGGACCUCAUCUUACCACUGUUAGUAUUAAGCCAGCAACAGACUGGCCAGUUGGGAAGCACAAACGAAAAAUCUGUGCAGUCUUCAUCUGGUCUCUGACUGGGUAGGGAUGGGGAGCCCUUUGUGCAAAAGACACUCAAUGCCUACUCAAGGCAGAUGUAAGUGAGGAAGGACUGCUGAAUGCCGAUCUGCUCCUGCCCACCAGCCUUAGUGCCGACACCGUCUCCUCCACAGUACCCAACCUGCGAAACCCCUCCCAUUAUCAUCUCUGAUCUGAGUGGCUCCAAGAUUCUGGGCCUUUGGUGGCCAACAUGACCACCUCCCCAUUGACAAGUGCUGAGUGCAAAAAGUCACUGGCAUUUCACCGACUGGCUGAAUAGCACUUUCUGAUCUUGAUCUUGGAGCUCUGAUCUUGUUGAGGGUCUUCCACUAGAGGUCUCCCAAUUGCCUGAGUGGCGUAUAGUACUGAUGGGCUCUUCCCUGGAGAGCUAGCUGGGGCUCCUGCCCUCUAGCUGACUGGCAAUUCCCCAAAUCCAUGGCUGUAUCUUGCCUCAUCACAUUCACAUUUUUCAUUAUUCCUGGCCUUAAUUUCAGACGAAAGAACUUGUUUCAAACCAACAAUUUUUUUUAAAAAGAAAAACAACCAUUUUCUACCAAUUUUCACUAUUACUGCAAUACACAGGUCAUUGUUCUUUCCUCUCCUUAAAUCUUCCAAGGACAGUGAUUCUCAUCUCGAAGGGAGGGUGAGAGAUCUUGUUCCAGGCCUCACCGAAAACCACAAUGAAGUAAAUUACAAGGAUGUAUACAAAUAAUGUGGCGUAACGGACCUUCAAAUUCCUUACCUACCUCUAGCUGACAUCUACUUUGAAGUGUGCAACAGAAAUUCUGGAAUUCACUGCGUGGGAGUUGCCAUGUGCUUUCAUUUUAAAGUAUUUGUUGUCCCAGUACAUUUGCACUGUGUCAUUCUUUGUUUCCUUUCGACGAGAUACAAAUAAAAGUCUGUUCUAAGGAACUGAGUUUGGGGAAACAGGAUAGGAAGUCUGACAACCAGAUUGCUACACUAGCAGGUUUCAUUCUGCACACAUGGAUGUAAAUGUUGGUGCUGUAUAGAGUGUAUAGAGACAAACGAUAAGAAACAUUACAUUGCUUUUGAUGCCCUAGUAUAUAGAUGAAAUCAAGGCAUGGCAACUUCAUUCUGUUUUUAUUUGGUAUUUUGUUGCCAUUUAAAACAGCAUGCCUUGUCCUACAGCAUUAACUACUCACAAAGAAUUCUUCUCUUUGCUUUAAACUCUUAAAGCAGAUCUUGACCAGAAGUAUGCCAGUUAGCCAACUCCUCCAGUUGAUCAAGAGGCACUCAUAAUCCAUGUAAAAACACACACUAAGUAAUAAAACAUAAUGCAGGGGGUUUGCUCAUCACUGUUAUACUUUAUUUACAGCUAACUCAGUUAAAUAAUAAUGAAACCUUGCCUUAAAUAACAUUUAGUGGCAGAAAGCCUUCUCAAUCACACCAUCACCUGACUAUUUGGACAUAGUGGAGAUUGCGGUAAAACAGUAAACUUUGCAGUAUUUAAGGCACAUGGAUUUUGCUGGUUUAUUGAGAGUGCCAGUUAAAACAAAGUGGACUGUACUGUAAUAACUGUGAAUUGGUGUUGUGUGCAAAAUUAUUUAUUUAUUUUUUACAAACCCUCUCUAAGAUAAGAUAGCUGCCUUGUGAUUAUUUUGUCAGAUAUUAGGAUAGGUUAACCUGUUUAGAGAUGUUAUUACACAUCUCAGGGGCAGACAGGACUAGAGCCUGGGAAUGCCUCGCUCAGAGGUAGGGUUACUAAAACAGCCCCACAUGAACCCUGAAUUUUCUUUUAUCCAAUCUGUGAGAUUCUGUUACAAGCUGCACAAAUUCCAUGCUAUAUUGUCCUAAUUGACUUGUUCAGCAAUGUUGUAACAUACCUCUGGAGCAGUGGGACUUGAACCUGGGGCUCCUGGCUCGGAGAUAGGGACACUACAACUGCAUCACAAGUACGUCUAGAUUACUUUGUUAUCAUGUUUCAACUGAUCAACCGCAUAUUUGAUAAAGUGAAUUCAAACAUUUAUUGUUGAAAAAUGCAAUGUUAAAAAUUGCCAAUUAACCAGUUUUUAAAAUAAACUGUACAGAAGGUGAACAAUAUACAAAAAUAAAUUUUUCAGUUCAACAUGUAUUACAACUUAUUUGGUAAAGGACAAUUAAAUAGAAGAAAAAUAGAGGUCAGUUUUUUUUCUGCAUUGCCUCUUUCAAAUGUGAUAUGGAAUGCCCAAAUGCCCACACUGCACUGAGUAAAAAAUGAAAGAACUGAGGAUGCCGUAAAUCAGGAACAAAAACAAAGUCGCAGGAAAAGCUCCCCAGUUCUGAGGAAGUGUCACUGGACCCGAAACGUUACCUCUGUUUUCUCCCUUCACAGAUGUAGCCAGACCUGCCGACCUUUUCCAGCAACUUUGUUCUCCUUCUGACACUGCCCUCUGAGGUGGAUGAAAAGAUCCCAUGGCAAAAAAGUAGGCGCGACCUGCUGACAGUGUCCUUACCAAUUGUAAGACCAAACCCGUAAGAAUUUACCAGACUUUCUGGCUAUCAUUUCAAUUGUUCUUUGUGGGACACUGACGUGGACAAAGUGGCUGCCAGGUUUAAUACAUUACAACUGUGGCUGUAAAGUUCUUUUGGGUAUAAAAGCAAGAAAUAAAGUGCUUUUGGAACUUUCUACUCCCAUUCUGCAGUCAGUUUGUGCCCGGGUGUCCUUGGCGAAGGAGCACAUGGUGUCCAUCAAUGCUGUCGAUGCCUUCAGAGAGAGGUGGGCACUGCAGGGGAUACGGUAUUUAUUUUCCCCUCCAACUCCAAUCUGAUUUAGUCCCUUCCCACUGUCCCUACCCCUCCCUCACUUUUGAUGGUUUGCAUUGCCCUUAAUGGGCAUUGCAUGUAAGUACUUAAUUGGCUGGUUAAUGAUAAGAAGAGUGAGAGUAAUUUGCAGCUGGGGCAAACAAAAGCAUUCAGUUGUGUAUAAGAACACUAGUGGAUGUAAGAAAUAAAAAGAAAAACAAAAAAAAGUUUAAAAAAAUCAAGUGCUUCUCAUAUAGAAUCCCUCAAGUGUGGAAACAGGCCAUUCAGCCCAACGAGUCCAUAAUGACCUCCAGAACAUCCAACCCAGACCCAUCUCACUGUAACCCACCUAAUCUACACAUCCCUGAACACUGUGGGCAAUAUAGCAUGGCCAGUCCACCUAACCUGCACAUCUUUGGACUGUGGGAGGAAACCAGAGCACCCAGAGGAAACCCGUGCAGGCACGGGGAGAAUGUGCAAACACCACACAGGCAGUUACCUGACAAUGGAAUCAAACCCAGGUCCCUGACCCUGUGAGGCAGCAGUGCUAGUCACUGGGCCUCUGUGCUGCCUUAGUCACAGUGAUGGGAAUAAACCAUUCAGUUGUGUGUACGAGCACUUCUGGACUUAAGAAAAGUGCUGUUGAGGUGUCUUGAGAUCAUGAAAGGUGCAACAUAAAAUGCAAUUUUUUUAAUGUUUGGAAGGGUGCCAGCUCAUAUGUUUUGAAUAUAAAACAGCUCCACCCACCUAUCUUUGCCAUAAAUAAGUCACUCUCAUAAAACCGUUUCCACAGAAAUGAGCUAUUGAAACAUGCACACAAUGUUAAACACAAGAGGCCAAACUACAAACACAAUUUACUUUACAUUUUAGAAAAAAAAACAAGCAAUAAAUUGCUUACUCUCCAAAGCGGCCAGGGUGAUUCAAAGCAAUAAAAAUACAUCUGCUGCAUCUAUUAUCGAUCAGUUUUGCCUUUGCACCAUGGUACAACAGGUAGAGCCCGCUGUUGAUUUACAGGUUCACAAUUAAAAAUUGCAAAAACAAAAUGAAGAGAGAUCUGUUUGUCAAAGUGUGUGUUUCCACGUUCUUUUCUGCAUUGGGUUAAUGGGAAUGGGAAACAAGUUUGUAAAAUAGU